AUGUAUGUUGAUAUCAUGGAACCAUGGCCAGCUAGGCUACUUUCCUUGGUCAAUCAGAAGACAAGCAAAGUUGACAUCGUCAAGCAAGUUGAUGCAGUUGACAAAACCCUCAAGAAAUAUGAGAUUAUGAAGCGUAGAGCAGAAGAAUCAGAUGCGACUGCUACGUCCGUGUUGCAAACUGUGAAAUACGCGCUCUCUGUGAUCGAAGAGGAAGGCCUGUCUGCUGUUAGCCAACAACAUCAGUAUCAAGGUAUUGCUGUAACACAUCUCCAGCAGGGCAAGGAUGCAGUUAACUUCUUGAUGCAUAUGUCGUAGCCAUCUACCAGUCACUGGCGCGCCGUUAUGGGAGUUUAGUGCAUGACGAAGGUGACUUGUCCAAAAAAACAAAGGAUGCAGAUGAAGUACCACACAGCGUCGCCAAGCUCUUGACUACUCGCGUUUGGAUGAAGGAUGCGACUGAGGACAAGCUGUCGGUACAAAUGGAAGCAAUCUCCAAUGUUUUCGAGAGUUUCAAAGACGUCGACCCACUACGCCAUAUCAGUAAAGAACUUUUGCAGGAGCAGUAUGUAGUGUUAGUGCAGUGGGCAACCGCAUACUUUAACGUGGCUGUUAUCGAUUUCAUGGACCUGUGGCCAAUGCUCUGGAAGAUAAAGCUGGAGGAAGCACGAGAACUGUGUGGGCACUGA